GGUAGCCAGAAAGAGCCAUAGUCAUAAUAUUGUUCUAUACUUGAGAACAAUUAUGGACUCUAAUGUAGUGCAAGUGAAUCAGCGAAGAUCAGCCGGUUAUCUCCCCACUGUUUGGGAUCCUGAAUUCAUUAAGUCCUUUAGCCUUCCCUAUAUGUAUGAGAGUGAUGGCACUCGUCUGGAGGAGCUGAAACAAACUGCUAAGCGCUUGUUUACAUCCGUAAAUGAACCUGAAGAAAAAUUAGAUCUGAUCAACACAAUUCAGCGAUUAGGAGUGGCAAAACACUUUGCAAAAGAGAUCCAGGAGGUUCUUGAUCAUGUUCAUCCGUAUAUUGUCAAUGAUCUCUACACCGUCGCCCUUCAAUUUCGGCUCCUGCGUCAGAAUGGUUUCUCCAUUAACUCGGAUGUGUUUAACAAGUUCAUGGACAGUGAUGGAAAGUUCAAAGACAGCUUAGGAGAAGAUGUGGCUGGGCUGUUGAGCUUGUAUGAAGCUUCUUACCUUGGCUUGCAUGGAGAAGAUGUUCUAGAGGAGGCCAACAAAUUUAGUACUAAACAUCUAGAAUUGGCAAUGGAGAAGUUGGGGAAAGAAUUAGCGGAGCAACUGAAAGAAUCACUUCAAGUUCCACUAUAUUGGAGGUUGCCAAGAAUGGAAGCUCGAAACUUCGUCAAUAUCUACCAAAGGGACAGUAAAAGGAACUUGGAUUUGCUCCAACUUGCUAAGUUGGACUUCAAUCUCUUGCUGUCGGUUUACGUCAAGGAGCUAAAGGAACUGGCAGAGUGGUGGAAGGACCUGAACAUGAAGGACAAGCCACCUUUUGCACGAGAUCGGUUAGUGGAGUGUUACUUUUGGGCAAUGGGGAGUGUUCCUGACCCACAUUUGUACAAAUGUAGGAGGAACCUGACCAAAUUUGGAAGUUUAGCAACAGUAUUAGAUGAUGUAUUUGACAUAUAUGGAUCAAUUGAUGAGCUUGGCAAGUACAUGGACGCAAUCAAUAGGUGGGAUCUUGAGGCUAUGGAGGAACUUCCAGAGUACAUGAAAGUAUGCUACUCAGGCAUGUACGACCAUGUCAAUGAAAUGGUUCAGGAUGCUUCAAAAGAUCUUGGCUUGGAUAUUCUACCCUAUAUCAAGGAUCAAUGGGUGUGUUACACAAGAUCAUUGCAUGUAGAAGCAGGACGGUUUUAUGAUGGAUACAUGCCAACUCUGGAUGAAUAUUUUCAAAAUGGAUGGAUCUCAAUCGGUCUUGCUACAGGCUUGGCCUAUGCCUUUUUUGGAGUACUAGAGGAUUCCAAAACAGAACAUUUGCCAUUAGAAUUCUUCGAGAAUUGGUCUGAAUCUGAGUUAUUUUAUUGGCCAUCCUUUAUUACCCGACUUUUGGAUGAUUUAACAACUUGCAAGCUUGAGAUGGAAAGAGGAGAGACAGCAAAUUCAAUCCAAUGUUACAUGAUUCAGGAAGGCGUGUGUGAAGAAGAAGCACGAGAUCACGUCAAAGGUUUAGUAAGUGACUCAUGGAAAAAGCUUAACAAGUUUAUUGCUCAUAAUUCUCUUCCUAUUGGCUUUGCCAAUACUGCAUUGGCAAUGACAAGAUGCGUUACACGAAUGUAUCAAUUUGGCGAUUGGUUUGGCAUUCAAAGUCAGGCAAACAAAGAUUGUGUGAAGUCUUCAUUGUUCAACCCCAUGUUGAAUUAAGACUUGCAUUGAAGACCCUCACAAGUCAUGCUAUUAACCAAAAGUCUAUCCCUAGUUAUUUUUUGAAUUAUGACAGCUGCAUACU